AUGGGCAACCUCGCCCCCAAGCUGUACCAGCUGCUCAAAGGGGAAUACGAGCUGCAGAAGGAUGUGAGGAAGAAACUCGAGUUCCUCGAUCAGGAGCUGGAAAGCGUCAAGCCUGCCCUUGACCAGGUGGCACAAGUGCCCUGGGAUCGGCAUCACGAGCAGGUCAAGGUCUGGGCUCGUCAAAUGAGGGAGGCAUCCUACGACAUAGAAGACCUGCUCGACACCUUCCUCGUGCGUGUCCAGGGUUCUGAGCCCGCUGACCAGAGCAAGCUCAAACGCGCCCUGAAGAAGUUGGGUGGCCUGUUCGGCAAAGCCAAGGCUCGCCAUGACAUUUCUAGUGCCAUCGAAGACAUCAAGAAGCAACUCCAGGAGGUGGCUGACCGGCGCGACAGGUGCAAAAUCAACGAGAUUGUGGCCAAACCUGCUGACACUUCGGCAAUUGAUCCUCGUCUUGAGGCUAUGUACAAAGAGGUGACUCAGCUCAUUGGUAUUGAUAAGUCAAGAGGUGAGCUCCUAUCAAUGCUUUCGUCGCCCCAGGGGAAUGAGGUGUCCCAUGAGAAGAUGAAGAUAGUUUCAGUUGUCGGAGUUGGAGGAUUGGGCAAGACAACUCUUGCCAAAGCAGUGUAUGAUGAGCUUAAAUCGCAAUUUGAUUGUGGGGCUUUUGUUCCGGUUGGUCGAAAUCCUGAUGUGAAGAAAGUCCUAAGAGACAUUCUUAUAGAUCUUGACAAGAAAGAAUUCAGGGAGCUGAAAUAUGAUAUAUUGGACGUAAGGCAGCUCAUCAACGAACUCAAAGAUUUCCUCCAAAGCAAGAGAUAUUUUAUUGUUAUCGACGAUGUAUGGGAGACGAGAGAUUGGAAGAAUAUAGGAUUGGCUUUGGUUGAGAAUGACAGAGGAAGUAUAGUAAUCAAAACUACACGUAAAUCAGAAGUUGCCACCGGUGUUAUUUACCAGCUACGACCACUCUCAGAUGAUGACUCCAAAAUGUUGUUAUUCACAAGGCUGUUUGAUAGUGGAGGUGAACGUCCUGCAAAUCUUCCUGCCGAAGCAUGUGAAAAGAUUAUGAAAAAAUGUGGUGGUGUACCAUUAGCUAUCAUCACAAUGGCUAGUAUGCUUGUGGGUAAAGAAACGGAAGACUGGCUUGCUGUGUGCAACUCUCCUGGUUUCUAUCGCGGUAAUGAUGGCCAGCAAGCACAUGAUACUGAGUGGAUAUUGUCUCUUAGCUACUAUGAUCUGCCUAUGCAUCUAAAGACUUGCUUAUUGUAUCUAAGUGUGUAUCCCGAAGACUAUUUCAUUCCGAAAGAUAGAUUGAUAUGGAAAUGGAUAGCUGAAGGUUUCGUGGAGAUGAAAACAGGAACCAGCUUGUUUCAGCGGGGGGAGGAAUACUUCAAUCAGCUCGUAAAUAGAAGCAUGAUCCAGGCAGUCAGGGAUGAGAAAGGAAGUGGGGACAUAUUUGCGUGCCAAGUUCAUGACAUGGUGCUCGAUCUCAUCCGUGGCUUGUCAUACGAAGAAAACUUUGUGACUAUCUCAAAUGAUGACAAAGUCACGUCACCUUCAGGAAACAAGGUGCGCAGAUUAGCUCACCAGAACAGAGUGAUGAAGCAAUUAACCCAGCAGGAAGAUGAUACGGGCAUAGCAAGAGUGAGGUCAUUGGUUGCCUGUAGGUGUGAUAUUGGAAGUUGGGUCUUGCAUCCAAGCUUCAAACUCUUGCGUGUGCUAGCUUUAGAGCGAUGCGACUGUGAAAAAGGCUGGCAGGGUCUUAAGCACCUUGGAGAUCUACUUCAUUUGAGGUACCUUGGGCUACAUGGUAUAAAUGGUAUUUAUGAGCUCCCGGAAGAAAUAGGAAAGCUCAAGUUUCUACAGAUACUUGACUUGGAAUGGGUUAUGGACAUACGGGUACUGCCAUCUGGUGUUUGCCAGUUAACGCAGCUGGUCUGCCUACGUGUUGGCUUCCGUACGUGCGCGCCGGAUGGGUUGCUGAAGAAGGUGACGUCAUUGGAGGAGCUGCAUAUAUGUAUCGACAACCUGAAUGACGAGUCCAAGCGGCAAUUUGUGAAGGCCCUCGGCAACCUGAGCGAACUCAGAGUGCUUCGCAUUUAUGGAAUUUUGGAAGGGACGGUGCAGUCGGAUCUAGCGCAGUCGCUAGGGAAUCUCCACAAGCUCCAGCAUCUAUCACUAGGGUAUGAUUAUAGAGUCCCAGGGGAGGAGUGGGACAGGGUGGUACAAAGUAUGUUCCGUCGGCUGCCAUCAUGGAUUAGCCCUGCGUGUCUCCCCAGCCUCUGCCACUUGGACUUGGUUGUGGAAGAUAUAGACGAGGCCGGUCUGCGAGCCGUGGGCGGGUUGCCACAGCUCCGUCGGCUCGAUCUUCAAGCAACUGUUGCGACGUCCGGUUCCACAGCAACUGUUGUUAUUGCCGGCGAUGGCUUCUUCCAGAAGUUGCGAAGUUGCAGUUUCGGGGGCUGGAUGGUGCAGUUUGUGGUCAACGAGGACUCGGCUUGUGUUUCAUUUAGCCUCUGGAAUGGAAAGCAGCAGGGUGCUCUGGCGGCCUUUGGUUCCAGCACAGAGGACGAGUCCUCCAGCAGAUCAGUCCCACCAACCGUGAUGCCAAAUCUCCAACACCUCGAGUUUCAGGUUCCCGUCAGGGCCCUAUACAAGGAUGGGAACGGUAGCUGCCGCAGCCUGGGGUUGCGCUGCCUCCCUUCACUUCGCAACGUCAGCGUAGUUGUCGACUGUGAGGGUGCCUCUCCUGAUGAGGUGGAGAAAGCAGAGGCUGAGCUGAGGCACGCAGCACAACUCCAUCCCAACAGCCUCAUACCUCGUCUCCUAAAAGUGAAUUAUGAUGAAAUGAUACGACACUCAACGGUCCAAGGAUGGUGA